AUGGUUGACCCAAUUUUUACCUCUUUCGGAAGCCUUAUCAUUGACGACAUUCGUUAUCCUGAUGGUACAGAGGAACGUAAUAUUCUUGGUGGUGCAGGCAUUUACGCAAUCUAUGGCAUGCGAGUAUGGUUGAAGCCUCCUGAAUCUCUAAAGAUUGCAUACCUUGCACAGGAAGGUCAUGAUCUACCGUUGGAAGUUGAGCAACAGCUUGACAGUCUCGAGAUCACGUUGCAACAUGUACGUCAUGAUGAUAUGCCUACAACGCGAGGAUUGAAUAUCUUCGGUGCCAAUGAUCAUCGCGACUUUGAAUACAUCCAUCCUAUUAUUCGCAUCACAGCCCUGGAUCCUCCUUUGUCGUGGGUGAAGUCUGUCAAGGUCAUCCAUAUCAUUUGUGCACCAGAGAGAGCCAUUGACAUUGUGACCCAGUGGCGUGCAAGAGCUGAUUGUGUCCCGGCUAAAUUCGUUUGGGAACCAUUACCAUGGGCUUGUUUACCAGAGGCUUAUGAUGUUGUUUGCAAAGCUGCUCGAUUGAUGGAUGUGGUGACGCCCAAUCAUGAAGAAGCUGCAGCCUUAUUGAAUAUCCAGCAACCUGGAGAUACAACACAAUCCAUUGAGAAAUACAGCCAAAUGCUCUUUGACGACUUUUUUAUCCGCAAUCCAUAUUCAAAAAACGGCAACAAUGACACCACCACUACUCCCAAGUCGCUCAUUGUACGUGCUGGAAAACGAGGAGCUGUCGUUUACUCAACCGAUCACACUACACCAAGAUGGGUACCUGCCUAUUGGAGCAAAGAUCCACAACGUGUACGCGAUGUCACAGGAGCAGGCAAUACUUUUUGUGGAGGAUUAUGUAUCGGAUUGGAAGAAUGCAAUAUGGAUCCAUACAAGGCAUGUUUUUAUGGUGCUGUCUCUGCCAGCUUCGCCGUGGAACAAGUGGGUUUACCUACCUGUGAUGAGAAUGGCCAAUGGAAUAAUGGUAAACAAGCACGAGAACGCUUACAAGAGAUGAUGGAAUAG